GUAAUAUUGGUUUGUAUUGAAAUGCAUGACUCGUGAAUAUCAAAUCUGUUUGCGAUGCAUAUUUCUUUGCAGACUUGUAAUAUAGCCUAUGCGAAAAAUGCAUGUCGCGUCUCUGCAGUAGCAGAGCAAUAGCAGCACGCGUCGUUUCGCGCAGCAUGCGUCGUUUCGCGCAGCACGCGUCGUUGCGCGCAUCCGACUUCUGUCAUAAAGUCACUCAAAGCCUUCUGCAGUAUGUAAAUGUGUAUACAGUUAAAGAACAGGCAUUUGUCACCUUGGCCACAAAUGAUAGCUAUGCAAAGGGAGCCAUGGUGCUUGGGACAUCCCUAAAGAUCCACAAGACUUCAAAUAAACUGGUGGUGCUCAUUGGACGGCAUGUGUCAGAUCAGUCCAGAUCUGUGCUUCAAGAGAUCUACGAUGAGGUCAGGCUAGUGGAUGUGAUGGACAGCGGUGACACGGCACAUUUGGCCAUGAUGAAGAGACCUGAGCUUGGUGUCACAUUUACCAAACUGCACUGCUGGACACUAACACACUACUCUAAAUGUGUCUUUAUGGAUGCAGACACAUUGGUGGUAUCAAACAUAGAUGAGCUGUUUGACAGAGAGGAGCUGUCUGCAGCCCCGGAUCCAGGCUGGCCUGAUUGUUUCAACUCUGGUGUGUUCGUGUUUCGCCCGUCUAAUGAAACCUACGACAAACUUCUUCAGUACUGCACAGAGCACGGCAGCUUUGAUGGAGGGGACCAGGGAGUUUUAAACGGCUUCUUCAGUGACUGGUCAACAGCUGACAUCAACAAACAUCUUCCAUUCAUCUAUAAUAUGAGCAGCAUAGCAAUAUACACGUAUCUUCCAGCAUUUAAACAAUAUGGUGCAAACGCAAAAGUGGUCCACUUUCUAGGGCGGAUGAAGCCGUGGAGUUACACGUAUGACCCCGAGCAGAGGAGAGUGCGAGGGGAUGUUCAGGGGGCGACCUCUCACCCCAGCUUUCUCCUAGAGUGGUGGCAUCUGUACAGUAGGGAAGUGGUGCCCAUGUUGCUCAGAGAGUACGGAGACUUGCCCUUUAACUCCGGCUGUGAAGAGGAUCCUCUGCCCCCUUUGACCUCAGCAGAGCGCAGGAAGAGGUGGGAACAAGGUCAGGCCGACUACAUGGGAAUAGACUCUUUUGACAACAUUCAGAUAAAGCUUGAUGCUUUCCUUAAAUAAAAAGGAUUCAGUGAGGGAAUUAAAAUCGUAAAUUCUCAACAUGCAGUUUUUGCAGAGUAACAAGUCUAGAUACAGUUUACUGUUACUAUUGUUUGGGAAGCACAUGAGCUAUGCAAUGCUGUUACACUUAUGUGGUAUGUUAAAUCAUUUCACUCUUUCUUUUUUAUACACUGUCAAUCAUUUAUUGAAACUUGCAAGAGCCUUUCCAUGCAAAAUCUGCAUAACACUUUCUUGGGCUUAAAAAAGUGAAAAAGUUUAGGUCACUUGACUGAAUUAAAAACUAUAUUAAAACCUUUUGUUCUGACAACAACUUUACUAAUGUAUGUGAAGAAAAUAGAAUUGUGCCAACAUCAAAUUCUUACAUUGCAAAACAAAAUUGUGACCCUGGACCACAAAACCAAUCAUAAGUCACACAGGUAUAUUUGUAGCAAUACCCAACAAUACAUUGUAUGGGUCAAAAUAAA